CUUCAAUUCUCAGCAUUGCUGAUUGACCCAGACCCAGUUUAGUGGCUUGGCUAUCUGAUUGGGCAGUCACCAUGAGGAGCGCGGACGCCGGCAUCCUCGGCCGCGUGCGACUCCCGCUGCUUCUCCUGCUCCUAAUUUGCUCGUCGCUGCUGCUCCUCCCCCAGCAAUCCGAUGCCAGGAGGACGUUGGCGGCGGCAGGAGCACCGGCGUCUCCGAUCCGGGCGGUGAACCUCGGUGGCUGGCUCCUGACGGAAGGCUGGAUACAGGGGAAUUCCCUCUUCAACGACAUUCCCAACAAUGACCUCCUGGAUGGCACCCAGCUCCAGUUCAAGUCGGUGACCCAGAACAGGUACCUCGUCGCGGACAUGGGCGGCGGCGCCGCCAUCCUCGCCGACCGGGUGAAUGCGUCCGGCUGGGAGACCUUCAAGCUAUGGAGGAUCGACGAGAUGACGUUCAACUUCCGCGUGUUCGGCAACCAGUUCGUGGGCGUCAACAGCACCGGCGGAGUCGUCGCAACGGCCACCACGCCGGGGCCGUCGGAGACCUUCCAGCUCGUGCGACAGGACAGCGACAAGAGCCGGGUGCGCAUCAGGGCGUCAAACGGCCUUUUCUUGCAGGCGAAGACCAUGGAAUCAGUGACCGCGGACUACGGCGAGGAUUCAGACUGGGGUGACGAUGACCCCUCAGUUUUUGUGACAAAUAAUGUCGGCAGCCUACAUGGGGAGUACCAGAUAUGCAAUGGAUAUGGCGUAACAAAGGCAACACAGGUUCUCAGGAACCACUGGAGCACAUACAUAACCGAGAGCGACUUCAGUUUCAUUGCGUCAAGCGGACUGAACGCGGUGAGGGUCCCUGUUGGAUGGUGGAUUGCCAGCGACCCCGACCCUCCGCUUCCUUUCGUCGGAGGAUCUCUCCAAGCCUUGGAUAAUGCAUUCAGCUGGGCAGAGAAGUACAAUCUGGGUGUGAUCGUGGACUUGCACGCUGCGCCAGGUUCACAGAACCCGUAUGAGCACAGCGCAACCAGGGACGGGUCGCAAGAGUGGGGCACCAGCGACGCCAACAUCGCCCAGACAGUGCAGGUCAUCGAAUUCCUGGCGUCAAGGUACGCGGGCAGGGCCAGCCUACUGGCGGUGGAGCUGCUGAACGAGCCGCUUGCCCCGGGCGCAACCCUGGCCAGCAUCAUGAAAUACUACCAGGACGGCUACGACGCCGUCCGGCGACACACGUCGACGGCGUACGUGAUCAUGUCCAACAGGCUGUCCGCCAGCGCCACCGAGCUGCUCCAGUUCGCCGGAGGCUUCUCCGGCGCCGUCCUCGACGUGCACUACUACAACCUGUUUAGCAGCGAUUUCGACAGCCUCACCGUCGAACAGAACAUCGACUUCGUCAGGAACAAUCGCUCCUCAGACCUCGCCGCCGUCACCAGUCAGAAUGGGCGCCCUCUCACCUUCGUGGGGGAGUGGGUGGCCGAGUGGGAGGUGCAAGGAGCGACUAAGACGGACUACCAGAGGUUUGCGCAGGUGCAGGAAGACGUCUACGGCCGAGCUACCUUUGGAUGGGCCUACUGGACGCUCAAGAACGUGAAUAACCAUUGGAGUAUGCAGUGGAUGAUCCAAAACGGAUACAUCACACUCAACACCUAGAGGCUAGAGCUCUCACAUUUUAUACAAUAAUUAUUGAGUGUGUUUUCUUCAAUAAAGGGGUAGAAGCAUUAUCCCAUCUGAUGUUACUCAUCACUGUAUUAGAGAGAGAGAGAGAAGAACAGGCACCAAAAUAAAUCAUGUCCUAGGGGUACAAAAGUGUCUUAAAAAUGUGGUGCCAUGGAUGGAGAAGAUUGAGGUGAGUUGUUAUUCAUGACAACUUUAGUGCAUAUGAGUAAUUACAUGUUGUCA